CAAAGACCGUGUGGUAGUAGUGCAGUUUGUCAUCAACCGUAAUGCUGCUUUUGCUGUGAAUGUGAUGUGAUGUUAACCGUGCACUUUCGGGACACCACAAUCCACUGGUUUCCUAUGGAUCCUUCAAAACACGGCUUCCUCAAACCAUUCGAUACUGUGGUUAAUUUCAAUGAAGAUUUCCAUUCAAACUCCGAAGUUUCUGGAAAAAUUGAUGCUUAUGCGGUUGCACCAAGUAAUUGUGAGACAGAGACGACCGUUUCGAAUGGAAAAAUCGCGGGAGAUAACACGAAACGAACAAAAACCGUGUGCAAGCCUCGAAGCGCAUCUUUACGAAAGCUGUCACAUUCUACACGGUCAAAGUCACGAGGUUCCUCCCGGAGACAUCGCCAGUCCAUGUCUGCUGAACCUCAGGCAUAUAAAUCAAAACGGCACAGUGGGUCUAUAUCAACUGAUUCAGUCCUCCUAAGUGGGAAGAAUUUCACUCCACCAGAAAAAGAACAACCCAAGCCCGUGCAUCUUAUCUCGGAAGACGAAAAAGUGCAGCGUUCCAGACUCGAAACCCGCUCUACUCUGGGAUCUAACGGUAAAGUACCUCCCAGUUCACCGCGGACUUUAGCUAGUUUACGACAGCGCUUUUCAGAACUGAAUUCAAAGGCAGCCAUACGAUCGAGGUUACUUUCGCCACCAGCUUCAGAGGCGGGUAUCUGUGUACAACGUUGCACCAUUAAGCACGCCCAAGCGUUUGUCGUGGAUCCCACAGAGGAACAUUUGGUCAAUCUAACGUCACUCAGCUCUAAACAAGACGACAUCUUGAUUGGCCCACAGUUGUCUUCCCAAACGAAGGCAUCUUCCUUGUCUCUUUCUGCUCUUCAACAACUACCCUCUGGCUCUGAUUUAGAGGAGGAGGUAAGGCAGCUUCGCUGCAGGCUGGCUAGCCAGUCAAUAGAAGCAGAAAAAGUUGCGGCUGAACUAGCUUCCGUCCGGCGGGUUGAAAGGGCAAUUAGAUCUGAACUCAUUGAUCUGAAUCACAGUGGAUCCGUCAAGGCAGACACUGUUUCAAACUUGACAACGAAAAUAGCUGAAUUAUACGCGGAUAUUGAGUCGCUCCGGUGUGCUCAUUCACACGCGAUAGAUCAUCAGACCGACUUACAAGCGGAAGUUAGUAGUCUGAAACGAUCGCGGGAUUGGUAUAGUGAGCAACUUCGUGCAAAACAGUCUGCCCACGAUCGGACUGAGGCGGACUUGAAUCGUCUUCGUGGCUUACUGAAGGAAAAUAGUGAUGUGAAUCAUCGUCUUACUCACGAAAACGCCUGUUUGCGAGCCCAAGUCGCGUGCACGACGGCAGCUCUUGCCGACGCGAAACGCAAUAUUUCUCAACAGUUGGAGUCCAUCCGCGUAGAUAUGAUUGAACGUGAGGUUAUCUUUGAACGCAUUGCUAACGAAAGGGCUGGCCUUGAAAAGAUUAAUGUUCGGCGUUCGGAUGAAGUAAACGACUUGCAGACAGAAGUAUUCCACCUGAAAACCGAACUAAGCACGACGGAUGAGCAAGUGGCAAGACAACGCGCCCGGUUAGAACAGCUAGAAGAAGCUCUUUCAUGCGCCGAGACUCGACGUUCGGAACUUCAGGAGAUGCUGCAGGCCGUUGAACAUCAACAGCAACUUCAGGAGUGCCAACUUAGCGAAAAAAUGGCAGAACUCGCAGAUGCUCUCAUUCGUAUUAACUCCUUAGAGACUGAAUGUGAGCGUCAAACUGGUUUGUUGCUUAGCACUACGGAGGAACGUGAUGCGGCUCUUUCAGCUCUGGAGGCUGCUUGUAGAGAAAGGGAUACAUUGAACACCUAUCUAGGCACAUUAAAAGCUAGUAUGACAAAAAUCGAGGAAAGCUUUGACAAGCUGAAGUAUGAGCUGCAAGCAAAGUCCGACCAGCUGUCAGAGUUGACGGAACAGAAAAGCCAACUUUACGCCCAGCUGGAAGCGGCCCAAGCACAGCUAGAAGAUGCGUAUCGUUUGAUUAUGCAGCUCAAAAUGGGAGAGAUGUCGGCGGGUACAGCCUUCAAGGAACUGACAGCUGGCAGUGGUCAGGACACCACAAAACCUGAUACCAGCGUAGCUGAUGCUGUCGUGCAGACUUCCGAAUACAAUUCAGGCGUUAACACUGGCCUGCAAGUCAGUCACAUGACAGCACCUGUCGGUGGCCAGUUGGAAUCCAUCCACCUGGAUGCUGAUUCGAUACGUCUUCGAGGUCAUUCGGAACCUCAUGCAAUGAUCCACUUGGGCUCGCUAGACAGGUGUUAUGAAGUCCAGACAUCGGGUGACACAACCACGAAAUUCGUUUCAUCUUCUGCAAACUAUGAUUCCUCGUCCCAACCUACCUACGCGGUUACUUCGGUUUCGAAUCUUGAACAGCAUUCUUCGGAGUCGCUGCAUCCAUGUAACAAAGGCAUGUCUCAAACGAACGACGCAACAGUGGGGACAAAGGUAUGUUUCUUUGCCGGUUCAAUGCUUGAAAUUCGUUGUGUUGCUCUAGGUACGGUCGGUCGUGGUUCCCUGUCUGUUCCUACUGUCGAUUACAGUGACCAAACGGAAUCUCUGGAACCUCUCAGGACUGGAGUGUUGCCGGAUGACUUCUCGGAUAAUACUGUUGGUGGCAUCUCUGCUUCAGCUGUCGACCCUACAACUCCUGCCUCCUUUGGCAUCUUACCCCUUUCGUCCACUGAUUUGAAGAGGCCAACAACAUACGGUGGGGCAGUCGCGGCUGAACUCCGUUCAGCGGAGCUGGAGCUGCUAGACGUAGCAGAGCAUAAGGCGGUCUUGUCACAUUCUUCUAUUACGGGCACUGAACAAAUCGACCUUUCAGUCUCAAGUCAUUCAACGGUAAAUGCCUCAAAUAUCGUAGUCAGCCAAGAUUAUUUAUCUUUUCAAACUGAGCGGCCAUGUGUAGUCGAUGCACUAUCCUCGGAAAACUACGCGAAUGGAUUUUCUACCCCAGGGGAUAUAAAAUCCCCUCACAAAGUCGAUGUGGCAAACUAUAUUCAUCGUUUAGAAGAAGACCAAAUGACCCUGAGGAAGGCUCUGUUGGCUUCCCAGAGGGACAAUGAGGAGGCGCUUUCUAAACUGGCCGUUGCGCUAAGAGAGGUGGAGCUGCACUCCAGCAUCGUGGAGAGUGAAAAAGCCGCUCGACAGAAGGUAGUGGAGGCCCAUCAGGCAGCAAAUACCGAACUUCAGAAUGCCACCUUCAGAUUAAGAGAACUAGAGGCAGAAGUUGAAACGCUGCGUCGUGAAGUAACGCGCUUACGGACCGAAAUCCAGCAACAUCAAGAAGACCAGGAGUCCCUUUCGCUGGCACGUACCGACGAACUUUCAUCCUUGAGAGCAAUAAUCAACACCAUCACCAAACAUCUGUCCACAAUGUCUCAAGAGUUGAAACAGGCUCAACACGAAAAAAUACGUUAUCAAACAGAAUACGCUCGACUUAGGGGCGGUCUCCGUGCCCAAGUGGAGCGGUUCCGCUUGUUCACUCGUCUGGAGCCCACGACGCGGACAAAAUUACCGAUUGGAGAGAGCGCCCAGUCAGUGCUUGACAGUCUUUCCACCCUCGGUAUAGAUAUCGAAAGCUUAGAGGAUCUUCUAGGUGACACUGCAGCUGUGCCUCUACACCGGAGCAAACCUAUUGAAGGAUUAGAAAAGUGCUUCGAAACUUUGCAAACCGAAAUCGACCAGCUGGAAAACGAUGUCGUGGAGAAUGUUUGUGCCGUUCAGGAUUCAGUGAAGAAUUGGAGUUUUUUGCCAGAUGCCAAGAACAUUCCGGUGUGUCCCGCGGAGCCACAGUAGUAAUCUCAGCGAGGACAUGUGUUAACGAUUUCCGAUCCGAGUCUUUCUUUCAUUCAGAGACACUUCACGUCGAUCUGUGAUACAAAAUACCUGUCUACUGUGAGCACCGCCCAGUGUCUUCGUUUCAUGCUCAUUGCUAAUUUACUUACUUCUUUUGGGUUUUUCAUUUCCGGUGUACUUCUAACCAGUCGAUUUAUUGAUUGGGAUUUGAGUUUCGCCGAGUGCGAAUAGUUUUCUUUUGGUUCAGAUUCUAUGCAACUGUUCAUUUCCUAUGUGGAAAUAUAUCGGCGAUGGCCUUUU